GUCCGGGAAAUAAAAAAUAGACGAAAAUAAAUUUGAAAAUUCCAGCAAUAAAGUGUAGUUACAAGCGAAAUUCUUGCAGAAAAUGGGUCGUUCUAGUUCCAAACCCUUGCCGAAGCCCAAUAAUCCCCUGCAAGAGCUGCAAUAUAAAGAGUCGCAAAGAGAACGUUCCCGCAGGCAGCAAGAGAAACAAAGAAAACAAAUUGCCCUGCUACAAAAGAAACAGGCGAAAAAGCAACGAAAGCUGCAUAAGAAGAAGAAACGCAAUAGCAGUAGUGCCAGUAGUGGCGGUGCCAAAGGUCGUCACUCCCAGGAACAUAAACAUUUACAAUUACAUCCUAUCAUACGUUUGCGCGGCAGUGAUGAAACUUCACCUCCCGCUUCAGAUUUACGUUUGCGUUAUGAUUUUCGUCGCGAGGAAUUCAAUCGUCAGCUGGAGACAAAAAUUCAAAGGGAAUUAAAUGAAAACUUAUGUGAAUUUAUUAUGAAUCAAAGUGUGCUGGCAAUGCAGUUUUUCAAAAAUUACGAAAGUGAACUUUCUACCAUAGCCGAUGAGUUGCUGGCAAAUGAAAAGGAACUAAAUCAGAAUUUGGAAGAACAUUCAAUACUUUUGGCAAAUCCGCUGGAUGUGGCUGUGGCAAAGUGGAUUAAUUACAAGCCAGUCCAUGGCCCCGACAAACACCAGCCGCAGCUGCUGCAACCUCAAACAAUUUACAUGGUCUUUGAGAAUAUCGAUAUAGCUCGGCCCAAUGAUGCCAACUAUGAUUCAAUAUCUCCCCUUUGCAAGGUGGACAUGGAAAUGGAUUUUCGAGAGAGCACUCCAUACAAAGAGGACUAUGGCAAAUUACUCAAUGAUAUCAAAUGGAAGGGUUUUGUAAGACUACGCCUAAGGGAAGAUUCUAAUCAUGCCAAAUCCAUGGCCCAUGAUGAGGAGAUUUAUAGCGAGGGCAGCUCGGGUUAUGGCACCACCAGUCCUUAUGGUAGUAAAAAGUCCUUGAGCCACACUGGCAACCUGCUGGGCAGCGGAGAUGAUUCGGAGAAUGAUUAUGACUAUGCUUUUAUCACCCAUUUGAAUACUCAGCAUCCCUUAAGGGAAUUGCAAAUGAGCAAUGGCCGGGAUCGCCAGAAAGUGGAGGCCAAGGUGUUGCCGGACUCUUGCAUAUCGGCCUUGGAGAAUUUUGUGCAACCAUUGCAGGAAGAAGAAUUCACCGACGAUGAGGAGGACAGUGAAAGUGAUUACGAUGAGGAGGAAGAUGACCAUCAUAGGCAGGAUUACAGAGAUUAUGACACUCUGCAGGCUCUCAAACAAUAUCGCUUGGAUUUGGAAAAACGUCGCAGGCUUUUGGCCCAAUGCUAUUUGAAUUCCAUGGAGUUUAUGCGGUAUUUUGGAGAAUUGGUACGCAGAAGACUGGCAGAGCAAUUGCACAUAUCCCAUAAUGAAAUGGAUGCAGCCACCUUUAGGGGCAGCUCGAUAUACACCAAUCGCUAUGAGCUGAUACCGGCCAUAUAUGUGGCCCAAAAUGUCACCGAAUGGCCCAGAUGUGCUUUUGAGUUUCGCCUGAGGACUAGACCCAUGUCCACAAAUCCCCAAACAGGACAACAAACCCAAUGGCCCACCCGGGCCAUGAUUAAACGCAUCGAAACUUUUGGAUUUCAUGUCAUCCCUUUGGGUUAUGCGCCCAAAAAGCUACGCAAUCCCUUCCGUGACAUCGAAUGGCGCAUUGUCUUUCCCAAGGCCGAGCGAUAUUUGGAACAGCAUUUGACCAAUGCUCAAAUCAAAGUCUUCAUGAUCUCCAAAGCUUUGCUCAAAAGCUUUGUGGAACCCUGUGAGAAAAAUAAAUCGCUCAUGUUUGCUUUGGAUCAUUUGCGCUCUCAUUUAUUUUGGGAAUGUGAGCGAGACUAUCACGCUUGGCCCGAAGAGUUUUUGGGAGAGGUUCUCUUGCGUUUCAUCGAUAGCUUCAAGCAAAGAGUAAGAGAGAAGCAUUUAAGUGAUUACUUUAUAAGAGAGCGCAACUUGUUUGAGAGCAUACCGGAGUACUCAUUGAAUACUUUGUACACCAUAUUGGCUGAUGUCACUGCAAAUCCUUUGAUGCAUAUGAUGAUUGCCUUCAGGAAUUUGGAAUUCCCUGCGGUGUAUUUUCCUAAGUUGAAUUAUAAAAAGCUUUUUGAAAAUUUGGUAGAGAAUGAUAUGCUCAAAUUAAAGUUGUUGGCCAAAAAUGCCAGAUCUCUUAUGGACUUGGCAGAGGGUGAGCAGGAAGAGCAAUGUCUAAUGCCCGAUGAGGGAGCCAGGGGUUUGGUGGGCAUGAAACAACAUCAUGUGAGGACCAAUGGCAAAUUGAGAAGGAAAACGCAAUUGCUGAGGCACAACAUCGAAAUGAAGAAAAAGGAAAUGGUGGCACGCAGAAGAUCGGUGGAAUCCAUAGAUGUGGAGUUCUUCUUCCAGAGAGACAUGAACAAUCCCAAUCCUCGCAUUAUCAAUCAAGGCGUUGAGAAUUUGCGACGCACAAAUAUUUUGGAAAUUUUCAUCGAUCAUUUGCUGGCCAUGUCCACCAAGGCUUUGGAAUUCAAAUCAGCUGCUGUAAUGAAAAAUUAUCUCUCUCAGGCACGCCGUCUGUGUAAAUUCUAUCACAAUUAUGGCUGUGAUGUGGGAGCCAAGGAGUAUUUGAGUAAAAUUCAAAGUCUAGAUGAGGAGCUAGAAAUGCUCUACAUCAGAGAGGAGUUUCCACCGCCAGCUCCAACUUUGCCCAUGAGAAUGAGUAUUGAGCCCAGUAACAGUUCUCUGUCAUACUAUGCUAGUGAAUUGAGGGAGACCCCCAUAGAGGAAGAGGAGAAGACGACGACCAGGACUAAGGUGGAGGAGAAACAACCAUGCAAUUUAUAUGAGGAAAUGAUGCCACAGCAAGACCCCAAAAAAUCCAAUUUGAAACUAAGUAGCACUAACGCAAAUAUCCUGCAAGAGGAGACUUCUGCUGCCGCACUGAAAAAAUCUUCCAGUGGCACAAGUGCUAGACCCCUGAUAGAGCCUCGUAAAUCCAUUAAGUUUAACAAUGUGGUCAUUAAGGUGCAAAAAGGCGAUACCAAUCCCAUACAGAAGCCUCAGGGUUAUAGUCCUGUUAGCAUACUCAGAUCCAAAGAGGAGAACAAAACGGACAACAAUAACGAUAGUGCAGAUGAUGAUGACGACAGUGAUACAAAUGAAUCUGACCAUAAUGCGACAAAUGAACCUUCCGAGCUGCCUACAUCAAAAACUUGUGCUUCCACCAGCAAACAAUCGUCGUCAUUUUCCUCCUUAAUCAAAAGUUCCUCAAAUUUUAUUAAAACCUCUCCCAUAGGCAAUACUGUCAUGUUUCAGAAUAUUUCACAAAAUACUGAUAAGCUAUUUAGCAAUUUAACCAAUGAUGAGAGAAAGGCUCAAAUACGUAAUAUGCUAAAAAACAAAACAUUACAACUCAAAGGGGUUUUUAAUCAAUCAUCGGAUAGUUAGUAUAGAAUUGAAUUAAAUUUUAAUGAAGAUGGAAAUAGAGCAACAAUUAAUAAAAACCAUUAUUUUAAUUUUUUAUA